AAAUGUCGAAAGCAGCCGGACGCCUAAAAACGAUGAAGAAAACCUUCGACAAAAUCAACCAUACGAGCAAGCUGCGAACAAACAUCCCGGCCGGAAUGGCUGUCGCCGGGCCACCUCUGGGCCCGAUGCUAGGUCAGCGUGGCAUAAACAUAGCCGCUUUUUGCAAGGACUUUAACGAACGGACAAAAGACUACAAAGAAGGAAUUCCGCUGCCAUGUCGUGUUGCGGUCACAUCUGACCGAGCGUAUGAACUGACGAUACACUCGCCUCCCGCUACUUUCCUGCUGAAACAGGCAGCCGGCAUACAACGUGGUGCCAUGAAUCCCGGAAAAGAGAUUGCUGGUAAAAUCACUCGCAAGCAUUUGUAUGAAAUAGCCAAAAUCAAGCUGCAAGAUCCACCGAACGCACUACUCACGCUGGAGCAGAUGUGCAAGGCGCUGGUCGGAAUAGCUCGUACGUGUGGUAUCGAAAUAGUCGACGAGCUGGAUGCGGUGGAAUACAAAGAAUUUCUCGACCAACGAAGGCAAGUGGUGGAAGAGCAGCGCAAGGAGCUGCAAGAAAAGCGAGAAGCGCGAAUGUUACGUGUUGGAUAGGAUGUGCACUUUAUCUUUAUUAGACAGUAGAAUAAAUGGCG